CCUGAAGCGAAUCACCUGUUUUUUGUCAAUGAAGUUGGUAUCCCAGUGGUGAAAAUGCCCUCAACCCAUGUGGGUUUGAGUAUUAAUACGUUCCACUAUCGCCUAUUGGUCUUACAGAAGCAUUGAUUGUCGUACGGAACUUGUUAUGUGGGUAUGAUCACUAUUAGGAAUCAUCCUUUUCCAUUACCCCAAGGUAAAAAACGAAUCGUAACCUUUUUUACGGUUAUCCCGAAAGCCAAAUACGCUUAAACGUUUGCACGUUCGCAUUGAUUGAUCGGUCGAUCGCCGCGAAGGAAAGAAAGAAGUCGAGGGUUAUUGCUCUCUGCAAGUAACCAUUUCAAGUCUCAAGAUCAUCUCCGAGUCUUAAGCGUUCUUCUAUCUGUUAUCAUGGACCUGGACUUAGACGAUAUCGGCAUAGACGGUCCCGGUGACCCCAAUACGGCUGCUUCGAGGCCAUCCAGGUUCCUUCCCAAAUCCUCGAAGCUUAAACCUAAACCUAAGGUAGAACCAGCAUCAUCAGAACCAGAACCACAACCCCCUAUUCGGCUUCCGAAGAAGCAAGAAGAUUUGUCUAUGCCCUCACUUGAUGCUACCGUCAAGUCGGCAUCCGAACCUGAACCUUCUCUUUCCUCGACCUCCAACAACUUCACUAAAGUGGAGAAGACAGAGGAGCAAGUGUUUGAAGAUGCAAUGGAAGUAGACGAAGAUGAAGAUGCAGUGGUCAGGGAAAUAGACGUCUUUUUUACCCCUACCCCGCUUGAUGUCAAUGCUCAGUUAUAUGUUCUGCAAUAUCCUCUAAGACCUUCUUGGCGUCCGUACGAACUCGAUGAACGAUGUCAACAGGUUAGAUUGAAGCCCAAGAGUUCGGAAAUGGAAGUCGAUUUGUCUCUGAACGUUGAUGACAGGAGCAGUUACAAUGAAAAUGCUCACGCCAAUCUGAAAACAACAAAGCAGACUUUGUCAACUUCAUGGAAGCCACCCGUCACCUCUGGCUAUGCAGUUGGACUUCUGAUGGGAAAUAAGUUACACCUCAAUCCUGUUCAUGCAGUUGUGCAGCUUCGACCAUCGAUGGAGCACUUGAAGAAGAAGAAAAAUGUGGAAGCUAAUAUCAACUUCAAUGAGAAGAAAGAAGAAUCUGUAGGUUCAUCAAAAAAGCAGGGGAAGUUGGCGAGGACAUCUGAUAAGGAAAACGCAGAUGAUGCUGAGUCGUGGGUUUCACUUGAAUACUAUGGCAGCGACAGCAGUUUCUCAAGCAGAUACCGUCAAAAAAUGGCAGCAGAAGAAAGUUAUCUGAUACCUUUUUCAAUGAGCCCGUAUGACUUUGUCAAAUCUUUAUGUCCUGAAACAACUACAGACAAUGACAGAGCAAAAGGUUCUUCAAGAAGGCUCUUGCUUUCCCUGCCACUGGAGGAACGUUUCAAAACAUACAUUUCUGAGGGGCCUGGAGUUCAUCGCUUCGUUGCCCUGAAGCAUCUUGCUCCUGAUGAGUCGGAUGAAGAUGUUCUGCUGGUCCUUCAGAAGCAUGCAUAUCUGGUACAAGGAUUAUGGGUUACAUCAAGUUCAUUGCUUUGUGAAGGAGUUCAAUGUCUUGCUAGGGACUAUAUCCUUCUCUUAUUUAGCAAGAAUCCACUAAUCAGCUACAAACAGCUAGAUGCUUCGGGAUUUUCAAAAGAAAUACUGAGGCGUGUGCUUAAGCCAUUGGCUGUUGAAAGACCUUCCUUCAAGAAUUGGAAAUUUAAAGAACCUACGGAUGUGUCUUUUAUAAAGGGCCAUCCAAAUGCAGUGAGAGAGCAGGAACGACUAUGGGAAAAGCGUGAGAAAAACAUAAUGGUUCAUAUGACUGGUGCUGGGAAAGGUGGGCCUGCAAUGAGAAAUUCAUUUAAGUCAACUAUGACUAAUAGGCCUGGAGCUUCUAGUUCUGAUCAAGGUGCAAAGAGAAGUGUAAAUGGAGCAGUUAGCUCUGAGACAGUGUCCAUGUCUGAUGAAACUCGAGAAGCUCUCCCAAGGGCCCUAGUGGAAGUUUUCCGUAUUCACAAGGUCUGCAGCUUGCAAUUGAUUCGUGAAGGCUUACGGGAUUUGGCACUUUCAAAAUCUAAUCUUCCAAAGGCUGAUCCGAGGGCUGCAAUCGCUGCUGCAAAAGGUGCAGAUGCCCAUCUAGCUGAGCUCCAGGAUGCUAUAAGUCAAGUUGCUGUAAAUAUCCAUGGUGUCUAUGUUUUGAGGUCGUUACCAGAUCAUUCAGAUUCCAAUCCUUUGAGGAAUGUUAUUAUUAAGCUUUUUUGUGCCAAGGAACCUAAUACAACCCUGAAGAAGGCGGAUGUUGUUCAGGCUGCCAAAAUUGAUCUUAAGAGGGAUAUCAAAGACAGUGAAUUUAGUAAGGUUAUCAGUGAAUUAUGUGUUGCUAGAGGUAAUGCAUGGUGCUUGAGAAAUGGCGAUGGAAAGCCUAGAUGACUUUUUGCAUGACAUCACAGAUUGACUGUAGAUUCUUUUCCCAGUGGCAUCGGCUCUUCCGUGGACCUCUGGCAAUUUUGUAGAGAUUGUCGCUAACAUAGGGGAAACUGCACAGGGUAUAUAUUGGUGCAUUCAUCAACAAUUCCUAAUUGAAGGUUUUUCAGCUUAGUUUGAUCAGAAUUUCUUGUGGCAAGUUUUGAUUGAUGCUUUCAAAUUUAUUAUUAGUGCUGGAUUGUGUAGUAGCAAGGUCCUGAUAGGUUGGAUGAUGUGGAAUUAAUGCUGAAAUUAUGUGUUAUCUGGAUUUAUUGAUGAUUACACAUGGACCAGACCAGGUAAACACUGGGAGUUCAGGUGGAAAAUAAAUGUUUUCUUGUCUGUUUA